AUGAAUGCGACGGCAAGUCGACGGGAAAGAGCGGCGCGUCGGCCACCGCGUGGUCACGUGGGGCGCGUUAAUGGGAAAUCCGAUCGUCUCCAAAUCGGCAAGAAAAUCCAUCCUGCACGGCUCGCCGAGCCUGAACAUUUUCUCAACGCAACAUUCUCCCCCACGUUCCAAACUUGUCAAAGCCCACGCAUGUCUCGUCACUGGUUGGCGCUCUCGGCGCGCAACUCGCCCGCUCCGUUUUUAUAUCAAACUCCGACCCUCUCGACGUCGCUACUCAAUCGUCGAGCUCCGUCGCCGUUCCGAUCUUCUUAUUCUUCUAAGUCUCAAUCCGACGAGCCGGCCCCGGUCCCGACCACGGAUGGCGAGAACAAUGCACAGCAGGAUUCGGAUGUCAGGCUGGAGAAGCCGCGAAAAACGUACCUACAACGACGCGCUGUCUCGGCAGCCCGGCAUCCUCCCGUUCUCUCCGAACCAUCGGAGACACCGAGCAUGACCCCCAGGUCAUUCAAGAAGGGGGGCAUGACCCGCAGCGAGAAGCGGGUGUUCAACGACUUGCUUAAACAGAUUGGAGGGGACCAGAAAGCGCCGGAGAAAGCGUCGAUGGAUGACCCAAAGAAGAACCUCGAAGACCGGCGGAGGGUGGUUCAGCUGAAUCGCAACAACGAAGAGGACGAGAUCUCAUGGAUCUUCAACUCCGUGCUGAAGAGCGUCCAGAACCGGAACCAGAAUCAGGAACCAGAAUCCCAGAGUGACGCCGUCACGCAGAUUCCCGAGGAACCUGAUGCGGACACCGUCGAGCAUGAUUCGAUCGAGCGGGGAAUUGAUGUAGAGUACAGCAACGCAGAUAUCUCGGAGGAGCUCCAAAGCGAGAGCAUUCCGAUGCACAAUGCGAUCUCUCUGAUCGUCGAACGAGAGGCCGCGAGGACCCGGACCGCCCUGCAGGCUGCCGUCGACGCAGGCGAAGGCGAUCAAGCCGUUUGGGACGUCUGCAAGGAACGCAUCUUCUCCAUGCUUCACCAUCUCGAAACCAUUCACAACGCCACGGCCGACGAUGCUGCCCCCGUCUCUGCACCUCUUUCUUCCGACCCAAGCGCCGCCUCCGAGUCGACCUCGACCUCGACCCUCACCCAACUCCUCGACCUCCCACCCGAAAUCCCCGCCGAACCGGUGGUCAACGAGCUCUACCCAAAGAUGCUCCUCUCCGUGUUCCAGCUCCUGAACCUCCACUUCCCGAAGUCGCCGCUGAUCGGGAAAUUCCACACGACCGUCAAAUCGCACGGACGCGCAUCCAUCUUGCUCGGUGCCUCGACGGGCCUGUACAACGAGAUGAUCUACUUCUACUGGCGCGGCUGCCAGGAUCUGCCCAGUGUGCUCUCCCUUCUGCAGGAGAUGGAGGUGACGGGCGUGGAACCGGACCGGCGUACGUGCGCCCUACUGAGAUCGAUUUCUACCCAGCGUCAAGCGGACCUCUUGGCGCAUGCGAAAAAGCAGAGGGUGCGGGACCCACGGGGCCCACGCUCUCCGCGCGAGCCGUGGUGGGAUCUUGCGCCGAACCGCAAGGCCGUGAGGGAUUUGAUCGGGGAUAAUGGGUGGAUAAGCAAGUUGGAGAAGCGAGCGGAGGAGAGGGAAAAGAGGGCGAAGAUUGAUACGAAGUGGACGAAACUCAUGAGGAGGUUGCAAAGUUGA